AUGAAUGUUCUCCUAGAGCUACUGGUUGUGAUCUUCAAGGUCAUUGGGCUUUGGCUGUUGGCUGUCAUCAAAGCUCUAGUUCCCAGCAGAUUCCAGAGCAAGAAAGAUGUCAGUGACCAGGUUGUCCUGGUGACAGGAGCAGGAAGUGGCAUUGGUCGUCUGCUAAGUGUCAGAUUUGCAAGGUUAGGGUCACGAUUAGUUCUCUGGGACAUUGACGAGCUGGGCAACCAGCAGACGUCUGAACUGGUUCGGUCUGCAGGAAGUGAGGCCUCCAUCUACACUGUGGACCUGUCCAAGAGGACAGACAUUUAUAGAGCUGCUGAUAGAGUCAAGCAGGAUGUCGGGGAUGUAGACAUCCUAGUCAAUAAUGCUGGCAUCGUGACAGGAAAGAAGUUGUUGGACUGCCCUGAUGAGCUCAUGCAGAAGACAGUGGAUGUCAAUUGCUGUGCACACUUUUGGACGACGAAAGCUUUCCUUCCGGCUAUGAUAUCUCGCAACCAUGGUCAUAUUGUGACAGUUGCUAGUGGGGCCGGCUUGUUUGGUUUGUCAGGGCUGUGUGACUACUGUGCCAGCAAAUUUGCAGCAGUUGGAUUCGAUGAAACGCUAAGAAAUGAACUUGGCAAACAGGGCAAGACAGGCAUCCACACGACUCUGGUUUGUCCAUAUUAUAUCAACACAGGAAUGUUUGCAGGUGUGCAUACAAGAUUUCCCCUCCUCUUGCCAAUUUUGGAGCCAGAAGAAGUGGUCGACAGAAUUAUGAAUGGCAUCCAGACCAACCAAGCUAUGCUACUGAUGCCCAGGAUUCUCUACCUGUUCCUCAUUCUUAAAGGAAUGAUCCCAGUCACAGUUUAUGACACCUUGAGCAACUUUUUUGGAGUCAACGACACUAUGGAUGCGUUUGUGGGCCGAGCCAAAUCUAAAUAA